AUGGGGGAUGCACAGCUGCUGCGACGAGACUAUUCUUCCGAAUACUACCCGACCGGCAGUCAGGUGGAUGAGGACAUCCAACGCCACAUGGUUCGUUAUUACACGGCAGUAGACACGCUCGGAGCGCACGAGGAAUAUGCACUCUCCUUCGCCCGAGACGCAGUUUUGACCCUUCCAAAUGGAUCCUCCGUCCGGGGUCAUGAUGAUCUCAGAGCGCUGCAUCAAAACAUGUGGCAUGAUGUCGAGAGCCGCUAUCAUCGGCCGCUCAAGGUGUUUCACGGCGGCAAUCCCACCCCGAGCGACACUACGACUGGUAGUUCUACCGAAGUGGUGGUAAUCGGCUCGGUGGAAUAUUGGAGCAAAACCGGUGCUUGCACGAAGAAGAACAUGGCUAGUUAUUUUCAGCUGCAAAAGGCUCCUGACGACGCUGUUGGUGGUGGUGGUGGUGUCCGGAUUCGGUCGCUGGCUGUUUGGUUGAGCUGA